CACCUGCAGGCAUAUCUUUGUGUGUGCAGCUGCAUCAAUGUUUUUGUCUGCUUCAGAAACAGCAGAGGAACUUUCGGGAGGGGUUUCUUCUGUGCCACGCUUCAGCCAUGGCCGCAAAGGUUGUUCACUGGAAUAGCUAUCUCCAGGUGAUUCUGUCCCGUGAAAGCCGGAGAGUUGAGUGUUUCCAGAAAGCAGAGAACAUUCUGCUUAUUGUACUGGAGAGAGUCAAUGCAAUGGACCCCAGGUUUAUAGUGGAUUAUUCAAGAAACCUGGAAGCCUUGGAAUUUGCCCUCUCUGCUGCUGAGGAUGAAGUAAGCAUGGAGGUUCCCUUGUGUAUCGAUGCGGAUGCCCUCUUGAUGCAGGAGUGUUCAGGUGAACAGAGCGACUCUGAGAAGGUUACCCGUGGGAACUACCAGAUGCCAGGAUCUUGCUAUGUAGGAGUACCUAAGGAAGGUGCUCACCCUGAAAACUGGACCAAAGAAGAUGUAUUCAGUGCCGUGGGUGGUACUGAAUCCAGUGGCCACAUUGUGCCAGGCAAGGUCCUUCAUCUCCUGAAAGAAUUGAUCAUUGCUGCAAUUGUGCAUUGCAAGCACCAGUCCCUUAUCAAACCAGGUGAACUCAGUGCUGAGAGGCUGAAGGAUGAUGACAUGCAGCUGCCUUUGCUAGUGUCCAGUGGAUGGAAAAUGAUCUGCUUCAAUGUCGUCCCUGUAAUAAGGAGAAAGCAGGAUGUUCUGAAACUCAGCAACAAUUGGCGAGAAAAGGGUUUCCCACAAGGCAGCAUGAGUAAAGUCACUCAGGAAGCUGACUACAUCCCUGCCAGUUACUAUCACUGGAGAUAUUCCACCAACCGUCCCAUCCUGAAACUCAUUCAGAUUGUGAGCACCCUAAAGGGGUAUCGUUUAGAUAGCCUCCGCCUCCUUGAUCAAGUCGCCCAUGAGAACUGGAGAGAGGAAGGCAAGAAAUGUGGGCUUGCAUUUCACCACUUGAAGAUGGUGUUGCUAUGGGCCACUCACUUUUUCCCUUCCCCUGAAGACUGGAUGGAUCUGGAAGGGUCCGUGUAUCGUCUUCUGGUGAUCUUGCUUUGUUGCUUAGUGACCAAACACCUCCCCCAUUUCCUGUAUCCAGAGCAAAAUAUGUUCCAGGGUGAUGAUGUCCUGGAAUUGAGCUCUUUGUAUCCCAAAGUGGAGAGUUUUGCUAUCGAGCCUGAGCAUUUCCUGAAGUUCAAUUUUGUAAGGGAAGGCAAAACACACCAGCAGAUGGACAAUGGUCUCAAAGCCUCACUUCAUCUCCCAGCUGAGGAUAAAGCCUAUUGGAGCACUGCCUUCUUUGAUAUGCUGCUUAAUAAGUUUCAGAUGUACCAUAUCAAAGACACACAGCGGAUUUCUGCUAUGUCACAACUCUUGUCUAGCAUCAAGAAAAUGGUGAAGAACCAGAGUUGAAAACAUUACUGUGGGAUCACAAGCUUUCCUGCCUGAAUGGACCUCACUUUAAGUUUCCUGUGAUCAAAAUUCCUAUCUGUUGUUGUUAAUGGCUUAUUUUUAUUUCUGGCUGUUGUGGUAAUUGCUUUAACAAGAAGAGCACACACAAAAUGACAACUUGUAAUUGUAACCUGGUGGAAAUCACCAGACGGCACCAUCAUUAGGAAUGAGGGUCCAAUUUUCUAUCCACUGUUUUUUAUAUAAGAAGUGAAUGUCCACAGUAGUGUUAUUUUAUGUAUAUAGUGCUCUAUAACAAUUAAGGGAAAGGAAUAAUAUAUUCACAUACUAUAACAACUAGGUGAAAGAUUUUGAGUCUCAGCAGAACAGGGAACCCUGUGCCUGAGGGAGAUGCAAGGCUCCUCUGAAAGUAGUAUUUUUUAUUUUAUUUAUUUAUUGAAUUUAUAUACUGCCCUAUGCAUGAAGGUCUCAGGGCGGUUCACAGAAUAAAAUCAAAAUAUAAAACCACAAAAUACAUAAUCAGAAUAAAAACAAAAACCCAAUACCCCCCGAACCCCACAUUUUAAAAGGGCAUAGGAUGUCAAUCGAAUCAACCAAAGACCUGGUUAAAAAGGAACGUUUUUGCAAUUUCAAAUACUCAUUUUACAUCCUUAAAUUAUCAGUGAUUUCCCUUCUUCUCUUUCCAUGGUUCAUUCUGUAAAACAGAAAAUAUAUGUAAAUGUUUUUGACUGGUGCCUAAAGGUGUAUAAUGAAGGCACUAGGCAAACUUCCCUGUGGAGAGCAUUCCACAGGCAGGGAGCCACUGCAGAGAAGACCCGUUCUCAUGUUGCCACCCUCUGGACCUCUCAAGGAGGAGGCACAUGAAGAAGGGGCUCAGAAGGUGAUCUCAGGGUCUAGGUAGGUUCAUAUGGAGAUGCGGUCCUUGAGGUAUCGUGGUCUGGAGCCGUUUAAGGCUUUAUAGGUCAAAACCGGCACUUUGAAUUGGGCCCAGAAACUUAUUGGUAGCCAGUGCAGUUGGACCAGGUAAUAUGCUCAAACUGUCUUGCUCUGGUGAACAACCUGGCCACAGAAUUCUGCACUAGCUGAAGUUUCCAAACCAUCUUCAGAGGCAGGCCUACGUAUAACACAUUGCAGUAAUCUAACCUUGAGGUUACCAGAGCGUGGACAAUAGUAGUUAGGCCAUCUCUGUCCAGACGGGGCAUAGCUGGGCCACCAGCCAAAGCUGAUGGAAAGCAUUCCGGGCCACUGAGGCCACCUGUGACAGCAAAGCAUCAGCUACAGACCUGCUCCUUCAGAGGGAGUGCAACUCCAUCAAGAGCAGGCAAGCUCCCACCCAUCUGGUCCAGGGAACCACCCACUAACAGUACCUCAGUCUUACCUGGAUUGAGUUUCAGUUUGUUGGCUCUCAUCCCGUCCAUUACCGAGGCAAGACACUGGUCCAGUGGUGGGUCUCCUAUCUCACCUUUGUAAGAGUCAUGAAAACAUGGACAACAAUCUGCUGGCAUCUCUGCAAACAUCUUCCGGUCCUUCAUCUGUGAGAGCUCAAUAUGUGAAGAGGAAAUUCAAAUCUAGAAGGUGGACUUGUACGAAUCUACGGCUGCAGAAGGGUGUUCUGCAACUAGCCAGCUGCUCCCUGCUCUCCAGUUCUAAGCCUAGCCUGCAGCCAGUGUUGGCUCAAUAUAGUUUGUUGCCUGAGGCUGAGAAGCAAAUAACACCUAUUCCCCCACCAAGUCAAGGUGCAUAGUACCCAUUAAGGCCAGACAAGUUAUUUUGGUACCUGAGGCAGAAAACCUAACAAGCACUUCCAUCCCUCCCUUGUAGCAAAAGUACAUUAAUAAUAAAUUUUGCAAUAAUUUGUUGCCUUUCCACAUCUCACCAAAGCAGCUAUCACGCUUUGACUAGUGGUAGGGCCACCCCUCUGUGCAGUGCAGCUGAGGGUACUGUACUGGCUGUAGGCUCUGCCUGUGCGUGUCUAUACUUUAAAAACAGGUUUUGGAUACUGAGAAGCUUUAAUUCUGGAAGUUACAAAAGUGUGCAAUUAUUUUAUUUUUCAUUUAGUUGUAAAAUGUGGUGCUUUGUUGCGAGCAAAGCCUUACAAAAGCCUUGCUGGACCAACCCAUGUACUGUAGUCUUUGUUAUUGCCACAGAAUAUAUCUAUCUUUCAGGCAUAUGAAGAAUUCAUGUAAUAGGUUUAAAGUACUGUAUAUCUUUUUGCAUAUUUGUAUCAAACGUUCCAUGUAUUUAAGAGUGCUUCCUUAUAGUCCUAAUUACUUUUAAGAUCCAUUUAACGUAUGUAAAUUCUUAAUUGUGGGAAAACACACAGUGCUGAUAUACUUCUGUAUGAAUUAUGAGACCUGAUAUCUGGUCAUUAAAUUAAUCCCUGCCUUCCAA